AGACCUGCGUAUGACGAAUGUGGUGUACGUCACCUGCGUCUGACGUCACCCCUGCCUGCCAAGAUGGCGGCAUCCUGUUUGCGCACCGUGGGCUCUGUUCUCGGAAAAUGUGGGCAUUGCAGCUCAACUAUCAUGAGAAGACCGCUAUGUGUGAGUUCUGCUCUGCGCAGGAAGAACCUGGCCGCUGCAGGUCCGGAGAAGUUCACUAUGGAGUACAUACAGAAGCAGGUGGAGGAAUUUAACAUCGGCAAACGUCACCUGGCCAACAUGAUGGGCGAGGACCCAGGGAGCUUCACUCAAGAAGAUAUCGAUAGAAGUAUCUCCUACUUGUUCCCAUCCGGUCUCUUUGAGAAGAGAGCCCGACCUCUAAUGAAGAAUCCUGAGGAAAUAUUUCCACAACAAAGAGCUGUUCAAUGGGAUGCCAGUGGACGACCAUUCCACUUCUUGUUCUACACCGGGAAACAGUCAUACUACUCGCUGAUGCAUGAAACGUAUGGCAAAAUCUUGAGCGUGGAGAAACACCAAGAUCAGCUCAGAGCCAAGGGUCUCUUCUCUGAAGAAUCGAAGAAGAUCUCUCUAGGAGCCAGCAGGUGGGUUACGAAGGAGGAACUAGAAAGUCUGCUGGUGGAGAACAUCUCCACUAAUGAUUACACUCUGCUCAUCAACCUGAUGGAGCGCCUGCUGUCCAUGCCCUACUCGGUCACUGAGGAGGAGUUUAUUUUGAAGUUCCGGAAGCAGUUGGAGGCCCUGUCCCGUAAGCAACUGAUCCCCCCAAUAGAGAGGGACGACCGGGGCGUGGCACUCAGCUCCUCGACAGGCCAACGGAAGUCAUCAAACUCGUCUGUGGUUCUGAGGGACUGUGGCUCUGGACGGGUUGUGGUUAACGGUCAGGACUACCUGCAUUACUUCCCUGUGCUGCAAGACAGAGAGCAGCUAAUGUUCCCACUACAGUUCACCAACAUGCUGGGACGCUUCGACCUGGAGUGCACUGUGACGGGGGGUGGCAGGUCCAGCCAAGCGGGCGCACUGCGUCUCGCCAUCUCUAAAGCAUUGCUCAGCUUCCUGUCUGAAGGAGAUGUAGAAACUCUGAGACAAGCUGGUCUGUUGACCUCUGACCCAAGACUCAGGGAAAGAAAGAAGCCGGGUCAAGAGGGCGCACGCAAAAAAUUCACGUGGAAGAAGAGAUAGCUCUCUGGAAGAGGAACAUGGACGUUUGUACUGUCAUUCCAACCAGAUGAAAUGAGCUUGUCCGUAUUGCCGUCGACAAUAACUCUUGCCAGUAGAUGGCGCUGUUGGAUCGCUUAUUUAAACGAAAAUAUGUUGCGAGUUGUACACUAUAAUAAAGUACAUUUUG